AUGGCGCAACAGAAGCCGGACUUGUCGAUGUUUGACCACAGCAUCAUGAAGGACGGCACCAAUAGUGAACUGUCCGCUCCAAGUAUGCUCAGCCCGGUAUCAGGUUUGUCCAGUGACACAUCGUCGUUCCUGUACGGCGGAGGUUACGCGCACGCGCCCAAUUCGCGGCCAGCGCCGCCCCAAUCCGCAACCUUGCGCACGAAUUUUACUUCAGCUGCAAACGACCAGAGCGGAACGAGACCAGCGUCAUCUUUGCCGCCUACUAAAGAAGAUGACACGUCCGAGUCGCCCGACGCAGCCUUCCGGCACUUCAGAACUCCAGCCAACGACCCCGGGAUGCCUUUCUCGGACAUGGUGGUGUCAGCCUCCCCAUUAUAUGGACGAGCGUCCAAGCGCAAUAUGAUGUUCAUCGCGCUGGCGAUUGUCAUGGGCAGUGUCGUUGGUGCACUGCUCAAGCACUUUAAGAUUAAGACGACUACGGCAGAGUGGAUUAUGACGCCUGGCAACCUCUUCGUCCGUGCAGUGCAGUGUGUGGUGGUGCCUAUGGUCCUUGUCAACCUUGUGGUGGCGACUGCCGACAUCACGAAUAAAAGACUAGGCAAGCGACUCAGUCUGCGUGUGACUGCACUCUUCCUGGUGUCAAUUAUUGUAGCCAUCCUGCAGGGUCUGCUUACAGGCGUCAUCAUGCAUUCGUCCUUCAUGUCGUUCCAGAAGGACGAAUCGACAUCCAGCACAGACCCCAUCUUCGGCAUUCAGUGUGGAAACGGCAAGUAUCUGGAGGCAGGAGAGGACGGUGUGGUGACGUGCUCAGCAACUGAGAUCUUUGGUACCUCGCAGUUCGCUCUGGACGAUGUCAACGGUGCCCUCGUGCGUAAUGAGGCUUUGACGGGGACGAACACCACGAUGUCAAAUAAUGUGCUGGCCAUCAUCAAUCAGCUGGUGCCUAACAACAUCAUGGCAGCCUUUGUUUCCAAUACGCUGCUCAGUAUCGCGGCGUUCUCACUGCCACUUGGAGUUACCCUGGCUUACAGCUUCCACGGUCCAACCAACCUCAACCCACUGCUCGAGUUUUUCCGUGAAGUAAAUGAGACUCUCGUGCACAUGGCCCAUUGGAUUCUCCGCUUCACUCCGUUCGCAGUGCUAAGUCUGCUAGCAGGAUCCCUCGCCACCUCGUUAGAAGACUCAGUCGCCGAUCAUCCACUCAACCUGGUGCUGCAAGUGGUGGCUGCUCUGGCUGUCAGUGUAUUUGUACACAUGCUGAUCGUGGUGCCUGCUGCGUUCGUGGUGUUCACUCGACGGAAUCCGUUCCGCUUCAUGCGUCAAAUGCUACCGGCGUACGUGUACAGUCUCGGUUGCUCAUCAUCGAUGGCCACAAUGCCACUUAGUCUGCAGUGUAUCGAAACGUCUCGCGAAGUCCCCAGUCCCGUAAUGCAUUUCGUCUUGUCCGUGGGCACAUCGCUGCAUAUGCCUGGCACGGCGCUUUAUCUGGCGUUGCUGGUGCACUUUAUGGCUGAUGUAGCUGCCGUGGCGGAAGCUCAAUCGGGUACCACGAUGCUAGUGUCGUUCCUCGGUGUCUUGCUGUGCACUAUCACAGCACCACCCAUCCCAGGAGGUGCGCUUACAGUGCUGACUGCUGCCUGGAAUAUUGUCUUCCCCGAGUCCGCCAUUCCGGACAACUUGUAUGCACUUGUAGUGGCGUCCGAUGUGUUCUUGGACCGCUUUGUCACGCUUUGCAACGUCAACGCGCAAGCUAUGCUCUGCCGUGUAUUAGCUGAUCAAGUUGACGAGAACGACACAACUAACGCUCCACGCGCACAGGUUCAGCAGUACGCAGUACGGUAA